GUGAGAGAGAGAGAGAGAGAGAGAGAGAUGCACUAAGCCAAGCUUCAAAUAGAGUGAGCGAGAGAGCAGCCACGCGGCAGGCUGGAUGCUGGAGAGCUGGAGGAAGGGGCAGAAGCUCACAGGAGCUCCCCAGAGACAGAAAGUGCCUGAAAACAGCUGCAAGGUGGAUCUCCGCAACCAAACUCCGGGAGAGCCGGGAUUGCCACUGGCCAGGAUGGAGUGACCUGAGGGUUGUGGACUUUUCCCGGACUCUGGGAAGGGGGGGAGGGUGAUGGAUAUAUCAACAGGAUAGCAGCAGCUCUGAAGAUCUGGGGUCUGACUCCAUACCCCCGUGAUCUGAACCCAGGGCCCCCCCCACAUCUCGCCCCCCAGAACCAGCGCCGUUAAGACUGCUCUCAGCCCGGCAGCUCAAGCAGAGCCUCUGCUUAAAGUGUUUUACUCAGUGAACGACAAUAAGAAGAUAGCACCUGAGAAGCCAUUCUGACUCCGGACCAGGCGGGGAUCCAAAAGUCACGUACAGAGAAACUGUGAUUACUAACCUCCCCGGUGACGGAACCCUUUGACACCAAACUAGCCUGCUCCACACGUGUCAUAAACCUACGACUACCAAAGCAACAACUGAGAAACAGGACUACUGCUUGCUGACUGGAUUUACUGGGAGCUUCGGAGCACACAGAGGAUUCACAGAGGUGAGGAUUCUGCAGAGUAGAAGUAAAUCUUUCUGCCGGGGCCUCAGUCCUUGCUGAUUUCCUUUAUGCUGGAUUUCCGCUGCUCGCUAGCCAUUUUCCCUUUUGAUGCUUUGAAGUUCUUGUGGACCACAGUGUCUAUACGCCUCAGGGAGGGAGUUCUCUCAGCUCAGCCCACGGGCUCCCGGCCGGAUACGGUGGCAGCCUGGAGGCUCUCUCCGGGAGAGGAGGUGUCCGGGUGGCACGAUGAUCUUUGCUCAGAGCGUGGCGGGACUCGCGCUGCUGAUGUUACCGCUGCUGCGGCUGGCUGUGGCCAACUGCCCUCCCGGCUGCCUGUGCGCCUGCGAUAUCCUGAGCUGCGGAUCAGGGGGCCUGGAGAAGCUGCCUUCACACAUCCCCGCAUCCACGGCCAGCCUGGACCUCAGCCACAACCGGCUGACUCGCCUGGAGGAGGCCGCCUUCUUGGGCCUGCCCCGACUGGACAGCGUGCGCCUCGCGCACAACCGACUGACCGGGCUCGCUCCUGGAACUUUCCAGAACGCCACCAGCAUCCGCCACCUGGACCUGUCCUCCAACGAGCUGCAUGUAGUGGAACAUCACUACUUCCAGGAGCUAGUCAGUCUAGAGGAACUGCUGCUCUUCAACAACCGCAUCACGCGGGUAGAGAGCAGGGCUCUGGCUGGCAUGGGGAGCUUGCACCGGGCCUACCUCAGCCACAACCGGCUGACGGACUUCCCCUUCUUCUCCAUACAGGAGCACAGCCACCCUUUCCUGGGCACCCUGGACCUGUCCUCCAAUCGCAUGUCCAGGCUGCCUAUGGAGGACAUCGCAGCCCUGCCCACGUAUGUACAGAGCGGCCUGUUCCUCCACAACAACACGCUGAUCUGCGAAUGCGCCAUGUACGGAAUGUUCCGCCGCUGGGAGCAGCGGGGCUUUGGCUCCGUGAGGGACUACAAGGAGGAGCACACGUGCCUGGUGUUCGGGGAGCGCCGUGCCUCCAUCCGCUUCUUCCAGCACGGCCGCUUCUUCAAGAACUGCACCUUGCCACCAGAGGGCACACCGGGCGCGCCCGAGACCAGUCUAACGGCCUUCGUCGGGGAUCCAGUGCUGCUGGACUGCAAGACAUCCAUGCGGGGGCACCGCCUCUCCUUCCUGUGGAUCUCCCCACACCAAGAGUACAUCAUUCCACCAGGCAACAACGGCACCCUGCGCAUGUAUGUCAACGGCAGCCUGGAGAUCAUGGAGGCGCGGAUAGAAGAUUCCGGCAUCUACCUGUGCAUGGCGCUUGACCGGCAGCGGCUGCGCAACGAGACGUGGGAGGUGAACGUGACGGUGACCACGCGAUACGUCGAGGUGGAGCCUUUCAAUACGGGCUUCACCACCCUGCUGGGCUGCGUGGUCAGCCUGGUACUGGUGCUGAUGUACCUCUACCUUACGCCUUGCCGCUGCUGGUGCCAUAGGCGGCCGUCACCACCCGGGCCCACCAGCCCCGCCAACGAGUGCAGUGCCCAAUCCUCCAUGCUGACCCCCACGCCGCCGGCCACCACCGAGGGACCCGGGCGGAAGGCGGGCAGCAGCAAGCAUGUGGUCUUCCUGGAGCCCAUUAAGGAGGUCCAGAAUGGGCGUCUGCGGCCGUCGCUGGCUCCGGAGCAUCCCAAACUCACGCAGCUGCGGGGGGAAGCCGACUCCAUCAGCCCGGUGUUCUCGGACGCUACCAUCGUGCCGUAGAGGUGGGACGGUUACGUGUGACCGGACCAUAGCCACCCUUCUCUGGAUUAUCUGCUUGUUUCAGUAGAGGGGGGUAAGGAUUAUAGGCUGAUGUAUGUCUGCAUACCCGACAAAGACUGACUGAACUCCAGGAACCCGGGACUCCGCUUCCAGAAAAGGGAACAGAAUAAUAAUAAUGGUAAUGAUGCCCUUUUAGUACUGCUUAAGCCAUUAGAUCUAGCAACAGUUGCCUUGUUCAAUAAAUUAAUAACAAACUACGCAAAAGGUAGUUUGUCACACACACAAACGCCAGGCUACACAGGUAAGUCUGACAGAUCUGCAACAAGCUGCUAUUAGGUUUUACAUACUGCUCAAUACAGUUUAGAAUAAUGCAUAAAAGAUACUUAUAAUCAGCGUCUGAUAUUAAAGUCUGUUUCUAACCAGCGGACGUGGGCAGGAAUAACGUAAGAGACGUAUAGAAAUAUCAAAAAGUAAGAUUAUAUCUUAAGGAUUAGGGUUCAUACAAAACAAGCAACCAUCUCUUAGC